UACUUACUUUAGAUUACAGAUUAGUUUUCUUUAGUGCAUUUAACUUAUUAGCCUGUAAUUUGUUCAAGCAAAUGUCAUCUUCAGAAGUGACUCAGGGUUUCUGCUGCCGAGAAUGUCAAGAAAUUGUUGCAGACGAUGGACACUUACAGACACAAUUAAGUCGAGAAAGUGGUAAGCUUGUCAGCGAUAAGAAGGGACUCCAUGUUUACCUUAGAAAGAUGUUGCACAGACGCAGAAGCACUAUUCCUAAUUCUCUGAGUAGCCAUGAGAAGUCAGCUCUUGACACAAUAAGAAACUGGGAAACAAUAAAAGGGAAGCGUGCACUUCUUUGUGGCGUAACUUACGAUAAGCAGAAAUAUAAACUCAAAGGAACUAACUAUGAUGUCAUCAAAAUGCGGGAAUUACUAAUGUUUCGAUUUAAGUUUCCAAGUGCCUCUAUCCACAUUCUUGCAGAAAUGGAAUCACACCUUUAUCCAACAAAAAGAAAUAUCCAAGAAGCUUUGAGGUGGCUCGUGAAGGACAACCAGCAUGGUGACUCAUUGGUGUUCUAUUUUUCGGGUCAUGGAUUAAGGCAGCCUGAUUUUUUCGAUGAUGAGCUUGAUGGGUUUGAUGAAACAAUAUGUCCUCUAGAUUUUAGAACUGAAGGAAUGAUCAUUGAUAAUGAAAUCAAUGACACCAUUGUUAGACCACUCAAGAAAGGCGUCAAACUUCAUGCCAUGAUAGAUGCGUGUCACAGUGGAACAAUACUUGACCUACCACAUGUCUAUAGCACAAAAGAGCGUCGUUGGAUAGAUAACAAACCCCCAUCUGGUGUUUAUAAAGGUACUAAUGGCGGACAUGCCAUUUCUAUCAGCGCGUGUGAAGAUAAUCAACUUGCUGCAGAUACAUCGGCUUUCUCGGAUACAGGAAAGCAAAUGGAAGGCGCUAUGACAUACACUUUUCGGAAAGCACUUUUGAAUAACUCAAAAGCUACUUAUGCUAGUCUCUUGGCUUCAAUGCAAAAUGACAUAUUAGCAGCCAAGAAAAAAUGUUUCAGUCUCCGUGGACUAUUUCACCGCGAAAGAGUACAGGAACCUCAGAUAUCAUCUUCCAAAGAAUUUGACUUAAACGAGGCGUUUGUGCUAUAACUCUACAAUACACCAAGGAGCUUCUAAGGCUAUCUUACAAUAAAGACCAAUGACUAUGGAAGUCGUGAUUUCACUACGUGCAGUACGUUGCCAGAUAUUAACACCAACCAUUUGCACAAUCUGUUUUGGUUUUGAUGUUUAUUUUGUAUUUGUGAUUUCUAUUGGUGCCACAGGCGUCGAUUUGUUUGUUUACCUCAAAUGUACCAGUAAUGCACCCACUACCUAAUGAAUAAGUACCGUUGUUCUUAAUAAACAAGUAUAAAUAAAGGAAAUUUCACUACUUUGGUUCAA